AUGACCCGACAGAUGCACGUCUCACUGUUUCUCAUGCUGCUGUUGUUUCUAUUUGUACAGUUGUGCAGCACAAGUGGAAUCCUCGCUGCGGAUUCUGCUGAAGUUGUGCAGAAUUUGCCCCAGCAGGGACAGGGCGCAUCAUGGGGGUACACCGUCGUCACAACGAACCGAACAUUUAUCCGCAUAAAUACCUCAACAUUGGACUUGGUAGAAGGUAACCAUUGCAGUAAGGUUAAUCAACCGUCGAUCAAAGACUUCAAGGGAGAUGAUGCUCCCUGCCUAGAUCAAUUUGUUCUUUCUGAGGAAAUGAAAAAGACUUUUCUCGACACAAUUCUUCCUGCAGCCAUUAAACUGCACGCGGAUCGUCUGCUCGUUGAUCCUGUGGAAGGUCCGUUGAAGGUUCCUGAGUUUGAAGACGACAAUGUUUGCAAGAAAUUUAUUGUUCCUCAGGACCACCAUUCUAAGGGUGUUGAGAAUGCUGACAUGGUGCUCUAUGUUGCAGCGAGACCUGAACUUGCGUUUGGUGUUCCCUGUGCUUAUGAUAACAACUCUGGUCGACCUGUUGCUGGGGCGAUAAAUGUUCAGAUAUUUCCCCUCAAGAUACAGCGAUAUAAUGUGCGUCGUGUCGCGCAUGAGAUUGCGCAUGUACUUGGAUUUGACUAUACGGUGUUUGAGAAAAAUAAUAUGGUGGCUGAGAUCCAGUUUGGUAAUGGAAUGAGGCGUGUGGUGAACUCAAACCAAACGAUGAAGAUGGCACAGAAAUAUUAUAACUGCAGUGAACUGGAAGGUUUGGAAUUGGCUUAUGCUACUGUUGAAGCCCAUAUUCUUAAUUUGUCGCACUUGGCCUGGAGAAACGCGGUUGAUGAUUUGAUGUCCUCUAGGUACAAUUUUGGUGCCAUGCACUACUCUGCUCUAACAAUGUCUGUGUUUGAUGGCCUACCAUUUUACACGGUUAAUUGGGGCAUGGAGGAGUCUAUGAGUUGGGGAAACCAGAGUGGGUGCGAUUUGUUUAAAAGUGAAUGCAAAGCUGAGGAUGCCACAACAAUUUCUACGAAGAUUUGUCCUAAGGAUAAGAAUGUUUUUUCAUGUACAAGUGAUCGCCUUGGAUAUGGAGUGUGCACCCCACUUCCUGACGAUCGAUACCCCGAUAAGAAGAAAUGCAAUGUUGCCGAACUGGUUGAGCCUCCCAGGGGGGAUAAAACGUCUUUACUUUGCAGCGAGAAGCCACAGCUCAAUAUUUCUGGGUCAAUCUUUGAGAGGGUUGAUUCGUUCUGCUUGGAUACAGAAGAGUACAAUGCGGGUAGUAUGCCGGGAGUAUUUGAUGAUGAGACAAUUCCGUUGUUUGCAACUGGUAUAUGUGCACGGGUGUCUUGUGAAGAGGGUAAAGUGAGGGUGAUGUACAACGGCAUCAGCGACUGGAAAAACUGCUCGGGGGAGGGUGAUAUAAUUGAGGUGAAGCCCGCGGGUUUAAACAAUACCAUCAAAAUCAAAUGCCCCAAGUACAGUGAGGUGUGCACCAUUUUUUCUGAUGGCAGCAGUCUUCUUCCACUGAUUGAACCAAAACCACUGCCAGCACCAGUAAUAACAACAACAACAACAACGACAGAAAAUAAUGAAUCCCAUCAAGAACAAGGGGAGACAGUUGGUACAGAAAGUGGGCAUACUAACAAUAAUUCCAGCAGCGUGCCCUCACAGAGUGUACAGAGGACACAGAACACCACCGGUGACAAAGUGUCUGCAAAUGACAACGUUACUGUUCCGGUGACGACUGGGGGAAAUAUAAACAAGAAUAAUCUUACAUCUCCACAAGUGAAAGAGGAGCUUAAGAUUCAUAUGGGUAUGGAUGGCACUCCUGCUGCAGCCUGUGUUCUCCACGCUCUAUUUCUGCUGAUGGCUGCUGCUGCUGCUGCUGCUGCUUUGGCUGUGCCGCUGUGA